AUGGCUUCCUACCCGGCUCCUAUCCAACUGUCUCCCUCAGUCUCUCUCUACCAAUACCAAGAAGAUCCGAGACCGAAAGAAGCAAAUCAAAAAGACGAAAAUGGGCCACGUCUUGUGAUUCUUGCCACAUGGGCAUUCGCCCAAGACAAGCACAUCGUCAAAUACAUUGACAAAUACCGAGCGCUGUUUCCUAAGGUUUCCAUUCUCGUCGUUAAAUCGUUCCUGAGGCACUUUUUCUGGCUCCCAGGGGCCCGGAAAGAGCUCGAACCAGCGGCAGUUGCAAUCCGUAGCCUCUUGAGUGCAGACGACCCAACCGGGACAUCUACUACUAGGCCACCCAUGCUGGUUCACCUAUUUUCGAAUAGCGGCCUCAGCACAAUCUACAACCUCUGCGACGCAUAUUCGGGUACUACGGAAAUAGAAAAGACCAACCCCAGAGACCGCCUCCCUCUCCAUGCGACAAUUUUCGACUCAUCCCCGGGAACGUACGAGUACAUGUCGGUAGCGUCUGCAGUCAUGUUUGGAGUACCCCGUGGCAACUGGCUUGCACGGAUCAUGGCCACACCGCUUGCCCAUUUCCUCAGCAUGUGUCUUUGGAUUUGGGUGCGUGUCUUCGGUGGCGCUGACUGGCCGCGAGUUUGGGGCCAGGCAUCGAAUAACACGACAAGAUCUGUUGAAACGUGCCGGUCUUACCUAUUCAGCGCCGCGGAUCCAUUGGUUAGAAAGGAUGCCGUACAGGCUAAUGCGAAGGAUGCUCUUGUAAAAGGCUUUCAUGUUUUGUACCAAGAGGAUUUCGGCAACAGCAAGCAUGUGGCACAUGCACGAUCUGACCCGAAUCGUUAUUGGCGAGUGGUCAAAGAAACCUGGGAGGGACACAAGAGCGGAGAUGAGACAAACACGAUAUAA